GGCACGGUACUCCGGACCACCGGAUCGCCCACUGUCCGUCGCCGACCACCGGUGGCACAUCGGUAACGCAAACGAACGAUAAGGAUCGCGAUCCACGCGACGAUCUCGCGGCUACGCGCGCGAGAUCGAUUCGGAAUUUACGUGCUCGAUCACGUGUAAUUUUCUCCGCGUUAUUCUCACGAGAGAACGAGUGCACCGGUAGAUCCUCCGACUCUCGCGUUUCUUCAUUCUCCUCCUUCUCUUCCUUUUCCCCGGAAAGAUCCUCGUGUGAUAUACGCCUUUGAUCGGAGCGCGCGUCAGGACGCGCGUGUCGAUUGACCGCGCGAUCGACGAGAGCUGACCGAGGCAACUUCGAAGAGUUUCUUCCUUCCUUUUUCUAAUUUCUUCUCCUUCGUUCUUCCAAUUUAAAACUUUGCGUCACGUUUGCGAUCCACUGAAUCUAUAUAUUUGUUUCCAAAAGUUUAUAUAAUCAAUUAAGAAAGUUCCAGUUGUGAUGAUUUGAUACGUUUGCAUAUCCAGCUCGCAAAGUACCCGAAAAUUAAAAUUGCAUCUUGUUCCCCGUUUCUCAGGUAGAUAAAUGAAACUUUCAAGCACGAAUGUGGAUUCAGUGGAUGCAGACGUUAUUUGGCGGAGCCAGGGCUAAAUUUCCUACGGGCUGGUUUCACCAACGUCGAUUAACGCAAACCGUGAUUGACUGAGGGUCGGUCAUAGUAACGUCGCUUAGGGCUCUGACAUCGGUUAAGUCAAUUUUCUCUCUCUCUCUCUCUCUCCCUGUUCAUAUCGUAGGUAGAACUAUAAUCUACAAAGAGAUAGCCAAUCGCCGAGCCAGGUUUACUCGACCUACAUGAUUGAUGCAAUUCGGCCCAAUUCCGUUCUACGUCUACGUUACAAAGUGGGAUGAAUGACGUGAUGAUUAAGCGCACUCGCGCGAAUAUUCCCAUUGACAACAUGCCAAAAUCAUAAUCUGUAUUACAACUGACGCGAUCUGCAGAAUGGAGGAUUAAUUGAAUUACGAUUUAGCAUUAAUCAACAAGUCUAUAAAACUCGGUUUUUGAGAACUGAACUCUCAGCAGUUGCCCGCCCCGAAAAAAAAACGGUCGACGGCACGGAGAUCGUCCGUCCACUUUCCCGUUCUCUUUGUGCGCCGUUGGUUAUGGUGUAUAACUUGUUGCUCGCGGGCAAACGAACGUGCAGUGACCGCGGAUUGCAAUUUUACAUCUUCGGGCCGGUCAGCGAUGGCAGAUUGCCAUGCCCGUUUUCGGGAGAGAAGCCUUUUUUUUCCUCUAGUUACGUUCCCGCCCGUCUCCGUUCGAUUCGGAACGAUAAAAGUGAAGAGCCGUCGACGCGCGUCUGUUGCUCGGUGAAGUGAAGAGGACGGGAGAGGAAAUGGGGGGCAAAGAGAAGAAAGAGAAAGGAAUAGAGCAGAAAUAUCGUAAAGGAUAUACGGGAUAUCCCGAUCCCAUCCUACUGUCGUCCGACCUUCCUCGUUAUUUGCGGCUUAGGACGGCUGCAGAGUAAACAUAGUCGUCGCGACCAUCCUCCGAUAUUUGCCGCCGCGAUUAUCCCGCUUUCUCUCGCGAGAUCGUGGAUAUUCGCCAUGACGACCUCCCCUCGAUCACCGAGCCGAGAGCUCGAUCGCCAACCGAUUACCCCAUCGGCCGGGAAUCAGAAUCAAAUUGAAAAGUUCGGAACUGUACCACUCAAGUCUCGAAAUCUCGAUCUCUUCCCUCGCGAGAGUUCGAAUCGACUAUGGGAUAUUAUCCGCUGAUCGAGAUUAUACCGCGGAAAUGAAGUUCCUCUCGAUUUAGGAUAAUUUCCAACUCAGGCGAUCUCGAUGUCGAUCGCCCUUCGAAAGCCGUGAUCGACAUCGAAGAAAAAGUGGAGUUUGCUUCGCAAUAAGGAGAUUAGCUAGAACGAAAGAGAGAGAGAGAGAGAGAGAGAGAGAGAGAGAGAGAGAAAGAGAAAGCGCCUUGUUCUCAUAAACAUUAAUUAAAAUUAAUCGUGACUCGACUCAAUAUGCUGCUGCGCUCUUCAGAAAUAAAAUUAAAAAACACAGAAAGGAUCGCUGAAGUCUUCGUUCGCGUUCAACUAAUAUUCCAAAGCGAUCAAUCUAUGUUAUCUACAACGAAAUCUACUAAUGUCGAUAACGGUUCUCGUUUCGCGGCAGACUUCAUUCGCGUGUUCUAGUGCUUACACUCGCUUUGUGCUUUCUUUCUCACGCACAGGGAAAAUUCGAUUUCGCGGGACGGUGCGAUGGGAUGACAAAUUGAAUUUUUCUCAGUUGUCCUGUACCAAUCCCGGAGGGGCUCACAAGGUCCGUCCUCACGAAGGGUUUUAUUUAUUAAAAAAGGGCCGAGUCUCGUGCUAAGGCGCGCGCAUCUCACCGACUGACACUCGAUUUCAGGGAGCGAGUCGCGAACGCGAUAAAUUGACCGAGUAAACAGGACGAAAAGCUCCUUUGCGGUUUUCCCGUCGCCAUCCCUCGACGAUCCGAGAGAAAGUGUGAUGAGAAUUAACUAAUUACUGUGCUAAAUGCGAAUGGACUUGUACUUUUCAACGUAUUCUUCUCGACAGAGAGCGUGCUUCUCUCGUGAGACGUGAAUAGCCGAGUGUUCGCCACGGAGAUUAAGUAGUUACGGAUCGUAUUGGUCUGACCGUGACCGCCUUUUUCCACUGCUUAAAAUUCUGCCGCCGACCAGCCGCGACUUUCUUAACGAAGUUUGAUAACGUGGGAGGAUUAAUAAUGACCGGAUGAUUUAAUCAUUUACUGCACCGACGAGAAUCACGGAGACGCUAACACGCUAACGGAGGGAAGACCCGCUGCAAAUCAUCGUCGCGAAAAUCGAGCACGUCGUCGUCGCUGCGGUCUCAUCGUUAUGUCCCAGCAUCGUUAACACCGAAGACAGUCUUGUGAUAAAUUUCCGGCACAUAGCGAAAUAAAUUGCAUCGUGGAUCAUCAGUUCAAUGUGGUCAACAUAAUCACAUAGCCGUUGCGCGUUGUAUUGACGUACGUACGAAAGGACAGACAUCCCACAAAAAAAACCUGCACCUCAAAGUCCAUGGAGUCUCGGAGCAGAAAAUUGUGGAAAAUGGGGACUGCGAGAAAUUCUGAGAUAGAGAUGGAAGCGUACGAGGGAAGUAGCCGACGUUUAUCGGCCAGGUGUUGACUCCGCGUCCGUCGAAAACGAUGAAAACAUCUUCGGACCCGCUUUAACGAAUACGGACCAUGAUACAUUAUUUAACCAGAUGAUGAAUAGCGAACACUGAAGACGGAAAAUACACUUCAGCCGUGAUGGAGGCUCACGUCGAUCAAGCCGCGAACGCAACUGUGGAAAAUCCAGUCUUCGAUGUACCAAUCAUCUUGACAGCUAUCGUGCUCUGUCUUGUUAUACUCGCCACUAUCGUAGGGAACCUGUUCGUGAUAGCGGCUAUCUUGUUAGAGCGAAACUUGCAAUCCGUAGCAAAUUACUUAAUCGUCAGUUUGGCUGUCGCGGAUCUUAUGGUCGCCUGUCUCGUUAUGCCUCUCGGAGCUGUUUACGAGAUAAACUCGGGGUGGUCACUCGGUCCGGAGCUCUGCGACAUGUGGACCAGCAGCGACGUUCUGUGCUGCACUGCCUCGAUAUUGCAUCUGGUGGCUAUCGCGGUCGACAGAUAUUGGGCAGUCACGGAUAUCAAUUAUAUACAGGCAAGGAAUCCGAGAAGAAUCGGCAUCCUGAUCAUCGCCGUGUGGGUGGUAUCCUUAGGAAUCUCAUUAGCGCCUCAGCUCGGAUGGAAGGAUCCUGAUUAUUUGGUCCGCAUAGCCCAAGGGACGUGUCUCGUGUCGCAGGAUCCUGCAUAUCAGAUUUUCGCAACUUGCGCGACGUUUUACGUUCCACUACUAGUUAUUUUAUUCCUGUACUGGAGGAUAUUCCAAGCGGCGCGAAAGAGGAUCAGGAAGAGGCCCGGCACCAUCCUUCAGCCGCCGCGUGAACGAAGGGGCAUCCUCAGACUCGUCACGAGAAGGCCGCGCGAGGAGUCGACGGCGUUCACCAUCACGAGAACCACGCCGGACCACUCGUCCAUCUCGCCGGAGAAGUCGUCGUCGUACAACGGCGCGAACGCCACACCGUCGACGACGGUGACGCCGACGGCGAUCUCGACGACGACGACGACCACCACCACGACGACGUUGACGAAUCCGACGAGCACGAGCCAGCAGCAGCCGGUGGUCAAGUGCACGAAGCGCACACGCGAGACGAUCGAGUCGAAGCGCGAACGUAAGGCGGCCAAGACCCUGGCGAUCAUCACCGGUGCCUUCGUCGCCUGCUGGCUGCCCUUCUUCUUAACCGCGCUGCUGCAAGCCACAUGCCGGACCUGCCAGCCACCCGAGAUCGUGUCCAGUGUGUUCUUGUGGCUUGGAUACUUCAACAGCACCCUCAACCCCAUAAUUUACACUGUGUUCUCGCCGGAAUUUCGGCAGGCAUUCAAAAGGAUGCUGUGCGGUGGUACGCGGGGACUUCGCUGACAGUGGAUUUAAUUCCUUUGCUCCGUGCGCGCGGCCGGAUGAAGGGGAUACGUGAAGCUGUUGUAUAUAUGCAAUAUA